AUGGCAGCCCCGUUCGUCGUGACGCUCCGAGCCCGUGGAUCGAGAUCUGAUUGGGUGUGCUCUUCUCCUCCUCCUUCUUCUCCUUCUUCUCCUUCUUCUCCUUCUCUUUCUUCUCCUUCUCCCUCUUCUCCUCCUCCUUCUUCUCCUUCUCCUUCUUCUUCUGGCUGUGAUGUGAAACGACAAGUGCGGCACGCGGGCGCUCUCGCCUCCGCCGCCUGUUUGCCGAGUUCCCUUUCCCUUCAUUUUCACUCUGACUCUAUCUGGAUAUGCGGGCCCCAAAGCUCGCCGUCGUCGCCUUCGUGUUGUGGAGAACGGGCGGUUCAGGCGGAGGACUCCUCUCGGAGACGGCGAGGAGAGGUGCGAGGAGCAGCGCGCCGAGAGGGAGAAAGUCGCGGAGAGAGGCGUGAAGAAAAAGAGGAGGAACUGCCUGACUCGCGUUCCGCCACAUGCACGGUUCGGCGUGCGCCGUCUUCCUCGCUUGUUCUUAACCUCGCUCGCCCCGCCGCGUCCGCAAGCGGGGACGACGUCUGCGGGGCGGCGAGGCCGCAAAGACAGAAGGUGGAGCGAACGGAUGCACAGACGCCGUUCGGGGGAAAAGAGGGAAGCGUGCGCCCCGGCGUCGCCCCAAGGGGACAAGACCUCGGCGAAGACCACGACAGCGCAUGGAAAAAUGUGGACGCAGAUAGGGCCCAGAUCUUGAGAGAAGACGGACAGAACGUCAGAGACACAGAGGGACACGAAGGAGCCGGCGACUCGGAUGUUCCCAGUGUCCUCGUGUGGGACGGAGACGUUUUCGGGUUUUCUUUCGCGAGACGAAAGGCAACUCCAGAGCAGAGACCGAAUCACAUGGCUCAGCUGGCGGUCCAGGGCGGAAUUCCAGAGGAGGCGGUCGACGGCGCGGACGCAGAUCACGCAAGUCUGGACGGGGAAGCAAUUUUCACCAGCCUCCUCUUCGCGCUCCACACCAAGUGCACACGCGACGAGGACGUCCUGAGGACUCUCGAGAGCCUCACCGCGUGCUCCACACGUGGAGCGGAGAACCGCGAACGCGAAGAAGCGGGGAACGCAGGACACGGAGACGCAACAGACAAGACAGACAAGGGGAGAGACGACACAGACCAUCGGCAGGUCCCGCUGUGGAACAACACAAGAGGCGCGUUCCAAGCUCGCUUUGCGCUGGUGUUCUUCUCGGCAUCUCUCCGCAAGCUCUAUUUUUGCCGAGAUAAAAUCGGCACCCGUUCCCUUAUCUGCUGCACGUCUCUUUCUGCUUCCCUCUUCAUGUCUCCUCUUUCUUCUUCAUCUUCUUCCUCAUCUUCGUCCUCACCUUCUUCGUCUUUUUCCUUGCACCCGAACGCUCGUUCUCUUCGGUCCGGAAGGGAGGAAAGCGGAGGGAGGGGCGUGGAAGUGCGCGGUUCUUGUCCCUCACGACGGAUCGAGGAACCUGUCGCCAUUCUUCUCUCGCUUUCCAGUUCGACUUGUGACGCGUGUCAUCUGUGGAAGGACGAAGGUGAAGAUGUGGAAGGAGCAGCGGGAGUUGGGGCGAGAGUGGAACGGUCUCUCGAACGCCCUGCACAGGCGUCAGGAUUGGCGCUGCCUCCUGGACGUGCUUCCUCUCCUUCACAUGUGUCUUCUUCGCCCUCGUCUUCUUCACAGUGUCUCUCUUCGGGGCGAGGGACUGCGUCUCUGGAUUGGUCCUCGCCUGUCUCUGCCUCGCUUGGUUGUGCCUCUGAGGAUCUGACGGCCCCGUCAGAAGCCUCUCCCUCUUCGCGCUACUUCACGCGAUGCGAGGAGGUGCCGGUUGACGGGCUGCGCGAAUUGUCUGUCGAUCUCUUCUUUUCUCUCCUUCACGGUUUUGGAACCAAACAAGGAGAGGAAGGAGGACGGCGCGCAGCCGCGCAGGACGGCCGCCAAGCACUGAAUCUGUGCGACGUCGCGGCAGGCGCUGAAGCGCGUUCUUCCUCCUCUUCUCCCUCGUCUUCCUCUUCUUCCUCGUCUUCCUGUUCUUCUUUGUCAACAAUUAGUUCCGCGUUUCCAGCGGCUUGUUCGUCUCCUCGACGUGACGACGAGGCGGAACCCGAGGACGAGUCCGAACCUUUUCUCGCGUGUCUCUCUCGGUCAGGCUUGGCGUCGUCGCUCUCGUACCGGCCUUGGUCCCAGGCGCCGCCGCUCGCUUCUGCGCAUUUCUGGUGUCGGAUUCCCGACUGCGCCGUGUGCCGGCGGGGCUCGGUUUCGCGAGCAGGGAGGCGCGGAGGCAGUCGGCACGAGGGGAAAAGCGAUCGCGCGGAAGGCCCAGACGAGGCCUCCGGAGUGCCCGCGAACCGGAUCCUCUCCAGAGAGGCGCGCGCCGUGGCGGACGCGCUCCUCGACGAAUUGGCGGAGGCGGUGUUGAGGAGUUGUGCGCCUCUCGGAAGGCUGGCCAGAGGCCGAGACGUGGAUCCGGAGCGGGGAACGACACACACCAGUCAGCCCCACGGCGACUGGGCGUGGCGAGAACGAUGUCCCCGAAACGGCGAGGAAGAGAAGAGGAAGGCGCGGACCCGCAAGGUGCACGGCAAUCUUCAGGAAGAAGAAGCGUUCGCGGGAGCGGCGGGUUGCGGCCGGGAAAGAGACGCGCCAGCAGGGAAUCUCAGGAACAUGUCUGGGAAGGACCGCAGUCGAGUCGGCGGAGAGCCGCACGCCGGUUGGAGGCAGGCGCUGGAUGAGGGAGGAGAGCCGGAAACAGAGAAGGCAGAGACGGGACAGGAGAGAGAAGCGGAGCACUGGCCAGACGGAGACGGCGUCGCUAUUCUCUUCUCGGGCGGCGUCGACUCCUCCCUCUUAGCCGCUCUCGUCCUCCGCCUCGUCGCGGAGGGGAGAAUCGCGCCUCGCCUUUCUCAGAAGAAGGGUUGCGAAACGCCGAGAAAAGAGGGAGAACGCCGCGCGAAAAGAAACGAGGAAGGACGCCUACAAGGAAACGCGACACAGCGAGAAGGCGAAAGAGAAGAAAGGGAGGAAGAAGAAAGGGAGGAAGAAGAAAGAGAGGAAGGAGAAAGGGUAGAAGGAACAGAAGAAACGAAAGACACGGGAAGAGUCGCCGGCGGCGGAAAGAAAUUCGUUGUGGAGCUGGUGAACGUCGCCUUCACCCCCACGGCGCCAGACCGGCUGACGGGCCUCGCCAGUUUCGCGGAUCUUCUCAGAAAGUUGGAGCGUCUGCGCAGCUGCGAGGCAGCCGUUGGCGAGGGGAGAGAGAAAUUCGAAAUCGAUCUUCGCUUCGUCUGUGUGGACGUCGCCGAGCAGGACGCGGUGGAGGCCGAGAAAACAGUGCUGCGCCUAGUCGCCCCACACGCGACGCACAUGGACGUGAACAUCGCCUCGGCUCUCUACUUUGCCGCCAGGCAAGUGGCCAAAAAACCUGAACAAGGCGAGAGGGAGAGGCAGGCAAACAAACAGAGCGCACUUGGGCACCAUGCGCACCCGGAGUGGGAGAGGCUCCUUGCGUCGGCCGUGUGGGAGGAUCUCCAACUGCGGUGUAGCCCGUUGCCGAAACGGUCGAGCGGGCGAGGCUCAGGUCCAACGGGGCCUUCUCCCGAGCCUCCCGCGUCGGCGUCUGCCGCGCUUUCGCCUCCCGGCUCUUCCCCUGGAGGCUGCAGCGUCGUCGCCUGUCCGUUCUGCCACAUGAAGGCGAAGGCGGGGUGCGCCCACAACGCCUGUCGCCUGUGCUGUCUGAAGCUUCUCAAGGUCGCGCGGGGGGAGCUUACGGCGAAGCCAAAGGCCGAAAACGGGGAAGUGAGCGAACGCGACACUGAGGCGAGACGAAAGCUGUAUCUCGGGCAGAGAGGCUGGAUUGUGUUGCCGCCCGCGACCAUCCUCUACACCGAGUGUGGCGUCCACCGGGACAGGUUCAGGAACGGCGAGGCGACGGAGAUUGGCGGAGACGCCCAGACCGCCUCCGAGCGCGAUCUUCCACGCACGCGGCUCCAGCGCGACACCGUCGAGGAGACCGAGUGCGACCGCAACGACGAAGGAGGGACAGCGUGUAACGAACUGCAGCCCUCUGGCUCUGACGCACAGUCCUCGACCUGCGCCAAGGCGGGCACGAAGCGCGCACCUUCUCCGUCGCCGUCAGAAGGCCCCCUGCCCUGGUACGCGGCUUCCUCAGGCGACGGCAGGAUCGCCAGGGUGUUCCCCCACGACUCGCCGCGAACAGCCUACGCGGUUCAGAGUCGCGUCGUGCUCCUUGGCAGCGGCGCAGAUGAACUUUUCGGCGGGUACGGCCGGCACAAAACGGCGCGUCUGAAACGCGGGACCGAGGCUGUGCGGGCGGAGAUGCUUCUCGACUUGCGCCGUCUGUGGAGCCGCAACCUCGGCCGAGACGGGCGCGUCUUUUCGCACUUCUCGCGCGUGCCUCGCUUGCCCUUUCUCGACGUCGCUUUCCUCGAUUUCGUCAACUCCGCAAUUCCCUUCGAAUCGAUCCUCUCGCCGCCUCCGGCCUCUCUCGCCGACGCGCCUCGCGUCCAAGAAACCGCGCCGCUGGAAAGGCUGCACGAUGACGGCACCACGACGCGGACACCCUUCCCUGCUUCGCCGUCUCCAUCGCCUUCUCCGCUCUCUGCCUCGCAGUCCGCCUCGUCGUCGAACUCCUCCCCAGACUCUCCUGCCUCACCUCCUUCUUCGUCUCCUCUCUCUUCUUCCGGUAGUCUGUCGUCAGUUUCUCGGGCUCUGGGGCAUGCGGUGCUGUCGCAGCUGGCGGCGGAUCCAGCGUGGCGAACGAACAAGUGGGUCCUGCGGAUCUGCGCCCUGCACGAGGAGAUGCGGUUCGCAGCGUUCACGAAGAAACGGGCUAUUCAAUUCGGGACGCGCGCUGCUCAGCUCUCGAAUCGCAGAUGUGCCUUAUCCAAUCGACAGGCAAAGGGGACAGCGCUUUUCAGAGAAACGCCAAAAGAAUAG